AUGUUAUUUCAGUCAGCUUUAUUGAUGGCCGCCCUGGCUACUGGCGUCUUAUCGCAGACAAAUGCCAACUCUUCUAUUGAUCCAUCCAGUGUAGAUCCUACCAUGAGAGGUAAGCCACAAUGGUGUCAAGGACAAUCUAAUACAUGCGGAACACUAUGUGGAGGAGAUCUAGAGGCCAACGAAUGCAAUCCAGACAAUCUCAUCUUUUCAUGCAAGUGUGCUUCAAACCACUCAGCUCCAGGGUUACAAUAUUACAAAGAGACUAUGCCGACCUUUAUAUGCGAGAAAAUAUUUGAUAACUGUAUCAAAGCUGGCGAAAACUCCCAAGCAGCUCAGCAGCUUUGUACUACCAACGAACGGGCAAACUGUGGACACCUCAGUCCAGAAAACUUCACAUCAAGUGCGCCCUCUCAGAGUAGUUCGGCAUCGUCAACAACCGCAGGCGAAGCCGGUGCCAGCGCCACUUCCAACAAAGAGUCCGGAGCUGUCUCAACUAUUGUCCCUGUUCGAAACUUCGGAACAGGAGCUCUAGUUAUUGGAGUUGCCGCAGCAAUUGGUCUCUUGUCUUAA